ACAGUCACAAAUGCUACUUUCGAGUCGUCUGGGUCAAUGAGAGGCAAUGGUCCAGCUACCGCCGUUAAGAAGGUCGGCCAAGCUACCUGCGGCGGCUCUCGACCCCUUUCUGUGUCUCUCCAGACAAUCAAAGAGGAUGUCAGAAUACUCGGGGCGUGGUGCAGAUGUCUGAUACGUGCGCGGCUCGAGACUAUAUAAACGUCGACCCUGCAGCCUUUCUACUUCCACUUCAUCUUCACCACUACAGAAGCUCCGGUGCAGGACUUCCCGGAGUUGAGAGUCACUGUUGUAUCCAGAGCGGAGGUGUACGUGAUUGACAUCAGUAGCCCAGUGCGACGCUGCCGCCAUCGCUAUUACACAGGCCAAGUGUCGCGCCUUCUUCUGAGCCGGGACGUCGAUUCGCAGCAGACCUUCAUCCCCAUGGCGAUGCCUCGGCAACCCCUUUACUACGACGGAUACGAUCCCGCAUGGGUGAUCGGCACAGGAAAGCCGGCUCCUGUAAGAAUGGCUCACGUACCACCACAGCUGCUUCCGCCAACGAUGGUCCCAAACCUGCCAAUUCAAGCUGUACCUCCAUUUAUGCCCGUACAAGCCAACGGGAUCCUCCCUCCAGCGCAGCUGCCCCUUUCGCACAAGAAGAAAUCCCAUGGUGGGAAUGCUUUACCAUUUGUACAGACCCACGGACACACGAUCGGGAAAAGCAACUUGGCACCCAUGACCAAGUCCCAAGUACAUGUCGCAGGACUUCCUGCUGUGGGGAUGGUAGGGACCAAUCCGAAUCCGUAUGCGCCGUCCCCUGUCAUUCAGAAUCAGUCUCCAAGGCUGCUCUCCAAUGCACCAGGUCCUCCAGCCCGCGUCGUUCUCUUGCCGGAGACGGUCGUCGCCGGAGCUCUUCCAUCCAAGGGCGCCGUUGUUCUCCCGGCUGCAGGCGCUCGCGGUGUCAUCAAUCCGAUUAUCAAGGUUGUGAUGUGGGUGCCGCUGUGUUGUGACGCAUGCGAGAAGAAAUGGAAAGACGGCGUGACCGAUCUCGAAGGGUUUGAGGGAUUUGAUGUCGAAAGAAGACUCGAGCGGGUUUCGGUUUUCGGACAUAGUUUGUCACCUACAGCGGUGCUAGCAACAAUCCAGAAAGUUGUGUCUCGCGCCCAAAUGUGGAGACUGUAAGUCCACAUGCGGUGUAAUCUGCAAUGAAUCAUCUUGCGUGAGAAGUACAGGGAGACAUGUAAGCCGCAGAAGAAGCUCGGUGAAGGGAAUUUCCCCCUCCUCGAAGAAUCAGGCGAUCGGGAUGAAAACGGCACACAUCAUGAACGAGAUUUCGCCAACACACUCACAGUUGUGACAUACAGACUCAUGUCGCUCGAUUAUAAGGCCAUAAAUAUCUUCAACAAGGGCCCAUUGGCCGGACCUUCGAUGAAGCCUGGAUUUGGAUGCGACAGGUCAUGAAGAUCCACAGCCCCUUCGCAAGUAUCUACAUAUUCCCAACGGUUCCACACUACGACACAAUAUGAAUAGGUGUCGAUGAGUUGACUGUAGAUUCUAUACCCGGGAACCUGGCUUGGAUUUAAAUUUUGUACAUUCCUGUCAAGGUAAUCAGACGCACCGAAGGUCCUGGUCAAUAGAGAGAAGCCUACUGGACCUUGAAAGCGGCAAUUUGGAAUUCAAUGGGUGGAGAUUCCCACAAGGAACAAGCAUAUGGGUUUAGACCCUACGACAUUCAAAGACUUAGACCUCGACCAAGUGCAGAUUGACACACUGUUAGACGCGAGAUCCACUUGCGACACUUUUUGUACAUAGGAAGUGUACAGAUUCUAGAGGUUAAUGGUGUAGGCCCCAGGGCCUCACACAAGCUUGAAGAGAUUGGAUUUAGAAAUGGAAUAUUUUCUGAAAUUUUGAUUGAAAUGUGAGAUUUUCUCAACUCAUUAAACUUCAUAUUUCGCCU